GGCGCAGCUGGCGGAGGAAGUCCGCGGCCUGCUCGGGCUCGCGCUGCCCUGGGAACGCCGGGACUGGGAGGCUGGGCGGCCCGGGCCCAGCGGCGGCGGCGGCUGGAGCCCCGGUCCGGAGCGCCAUAUGAGACGGUUUAAGCGGAAGCAUCUUCUAGCCAUCGACUGCCAACAUUUGGCUCGGAGUCACUUGGCUGUGGCCCAGCCCUUCGGUCAAAGAUGGACAAACAGAGAUCCGAACCACGGUCUCUAUCCUAGACCCAGAACAAAAAGAGGGACUAGGGGUCAAGGAUGUCAAAGACGCAUCACUGAAUUCUUCCUUGCUGGCCGGCAGCGGUGCACCAAUGACAUGGCCAAAAGCAAUUCUGUGGGCCGGGACAGCUCUAAGGACUCAGAGGGUGAAAUGAUCUUUGCUGCAGAGAGCAAUUGUGCUCUGCCUCAGGAAGGGGAUGGAGAAGCAAGGCUGGGCUCAUCAGGGUCUGCUCUGCCUGCCAGGAAGCGGUCUCGGUCCUUUGAGGACGAGAGGAAUCAGGCUACAGGGACUAGUCAUUGGGAUGGGGUUUCUAAGAAAACCCCACGGCAUCAUUUGUCUCUGUCAUGCACAAAGCCCACAGAAGCCAGGCAAGAAGCAGAGGACUCUCUAUCAUGGCUCUCUGCAGAAUCUGGAGAAUCCAGCCAAGAAGUGGAGGACAUUGGUCCUGAUCCCAUUCCCGACUCUUACUAUGGGCUUCUUGGGACCUUGCCCUGCCAGGAACCCCAGAGCCACAUUUGUAGCCUGCCCAGUGAGGUCCUGAGGCACAUCUUUGCUUUCCUCCCCGUGGAAGAUCUCUAUUGGAAUCUGAGCUUGGUGUGCCAUCUUUGGAGGGAGAUCAUCAGUGAUCCACUGUUCAUUCCUUGGAAAAAGCUGUAUCAUCGAUACUUGAUGAAUGAAGAGCAAGCCGUCAGCAAGGUGGACGGCAUCCUGUUGAACUACGGCAUAGAGAAGGAGUCCGAGCUGUGUGUGCUGAACCUCAUCCGCUACACAGCCACCACUAAAUGCUCCCCAAGCGUGGAUCCUGGAAGGGCGUUGUGGAGUCUGAGGGAUCAUCUCCUCCUUCCUGAGGCGGAAGCGUGCGUGCGUCAACACCUCCCUGAUCUCUAUGUUGCUGCCGCGGGGGUCAACGUGUGGGCUCUGGUCGCAGCCAUUGUCCUCCUCUCCAGCAGUGUGAAUGACAUCCAGCAGCUGCUCUUCUGCCUCAGGAGACCCAGCUCCACCGUGACCAUGCCAGACAUCACUGAGACCUUAUACUGCAUCGCCGUGCUUCUCUACGCCAUGAGGGAGAAAGGAAUUAACAUCAGCAAUCGGAUUCACUACAACGUUUUCUAUUGCCUGUAUCUUCAGGAGAAUUCCUCUACUCAGGCCACAGAAGUUAAAGAGGAACCAUCAGUUUGGCCAGGCAAGAAAACAACCAUCCGACUUACGCACGAACAACAGCUGAUCCUGAGCCAUAAGAUGGAACCUCUCCAGGUGGUAAAAAUCAUGGCAUUUGCAGGCACCGGGAAGACCUCCACCCUGGUCAAAUACGCCGAGAAGUGGUCUGAGAGCAGGUUCCUGUAUGUGACGUUCAACAAGAGCAUCGCGAAGCAGGCCGAGCUGGUCUUCCCCAGCAAUGUCACCUGCAAGACCUUCCACUCCAUGGCCUACGGACACGUUGGGCGGAAGUACCAAUUAAAGAAGAAAUUGAAUCUCUUCAAGUUAACGCCCUUCAUGGUCAAUUCUGUCCUUGCGGAAGGGAAGGGAGGAUUCAUCAGGGCCAAGCUAGUAUGUAAGACCUUGGAGAACUUCUUCGCCUCGGCUGAUGAGGAGCUGACUAUUGAUCAUGUGCCUAUUUGGUGUAAGAACAGCCAAGGACAGAGGGUCAUGGUUGAACAGAGUGAGAAGCUGAAUGGUGUCCUUGAAGCAAGCCGACUUUGGGACAACAUGCGGAAGCUGGGGGAAUGCAAAGAAGAGGCUUACCAAAUGACUCACGAUGGCUAUUUGAAACUCUGGCAGCUGAGCAAGCCUUUGCUUGCCUCUUUUGACGCCAUCUUUGUGGAUGAGGCCCAGGACUGUACCCCAGCUAUCAUGAAUAUCGUUCUGUCGCAGCCAUGCGGGAAAAUCUUUGUAGGGGACCCACACCAACAGAUCUAUACCUUCCGCGGUGCAGUCAAUGCUCUCUUCACCGUCCCUCACACGCACGUCUUCUAUCUCACACAGAGUUUUAGAUUUGGUGUGGAAAUAGCUUAUGUGGGAGCUACGAUCUUGGAUGUCUGCAAGAGAGUGAGGAAAAAGACUUUGGUUGGAGGAAACCACCAGAGUGGCAUUAGAGGUGAUGUCCAGGGGCAGGUGGCCCUGUUGUCCCGGACCAAUGCCAACGUGUUUGAUGAGGCCGUACGGGUGACGGAAGGAGAAGUACCCGCGAGGAUACAUUUGAUUGGGGGGAUUAAAUCAUUUGGAUUGGACAGAAUCAUUGAUAUUUGGAUCCUUCUUCAGCCGGAGGAAGAACGGAGGAAACAAAACCUCGUCAUCAAAGACAAGUUUAUUAGAAGAUGGGUGCACAAGGAAGGCUUUAGUGGCUUCAAGAGGUAUGUGACCGCAGCCGAGGAUAAGGAGCUUGAAGCCAAGAUUGCAGUCGUGGAAAAGUAUAACAUCCGGAUUCCAGAACUAGUGGAGAGGAUAGAAAAAUGCCAUAUAGAAGACCGGGACUUCGCAGAGUACAUUUUGGGCACCGUGCACAAAGCCAAAGGCUUGGAGUUCGAUACCGUGCAUGUUUUGGAUGAUUUUGUGAAAGUGCCUUGUGCCAGGCACAACCUUGCACAGCUGCCCCACUUCAGAGUCGAGUCGUUUUCUGAGGAUGAGUGGAAUUUGCUGUAUGUUGCAGUAACUCGUGCCAAGAAGCGUCUCAUCAUGACCAAAUCAUUGGAGAACAUUUUGACUUUGGCUGGGGCGCAUCCUUGGAACGGGGCCUGGCAGGUGGUUGGCGCUCCAUGAGUGUUUGUCGAGUGGAUGAAAGGAGCACCCCGUCCCGUCUGAGGCCAGACACGGCCCGAUUGCAAAGACUCCGGAUCACACUGCCUCGGUUCACAUUCCAGUUCUUCCGCUGGGGCACUUUGUGACGUUGGGCAAGUUACCUCUCACUCUGCACUCCUGUCUCCUGAUCUGUAAAGCUGGCGUCACGGCCAUGACUGCACCUCGGGGGAGGUGGUUGGAGAAGGCGGUGAUGCGCUGAUGCAAUGACGGCGUUACGGUCCACCGGGGGAAACAUAGGGGAUUCUCAAAGGCAGUCACCUUUCUUUGAGACCUUGAACUCCAGAAGGGGUGUCAAGGGGAGAACUGGCCUCUGAGGAGGGCUGUGUGGUCACGGCAUGCGUGCAGUCACGCAUUCAGCAGUCCUCGUGCAGCACUGCACCUGGCAGAAGUGCUCUUGAGUCCUGUGCUUCCUCGCCUCUUAGCUCUGUAUGUGGAGGUUAUGGAGGAGGAGAGAGACUCACUGUUGCCUGGCGAUUGCGAGCACACGCCCUGGACUUAGGCAGGCCGGGUUUGAGCCCCGUGUCUGCUGCAGUCCAGCUCUGCGAUCUUAUAUGUAAGUGACCUCGCUUCUCAGGUCUUGCUCUCUCAUCCAUGCAGUAGAGACUAGGACAGUGUCGCCCUCGGGAAGUCGUUGGCGAGACUUCCGUGCACAGUGCUGUAUUAGCAAAGGAACCAGUGCGUUUAGAAAUGAAACAGCCUGGCAUCCCAUGCCUUUGAAUUCCUGAAGGCCAGGGCUUCCACUGAAGCUUUGGGUUCACGGUGCUUUUCCCCCUUGUGAUGGUGUUUGCGACAGCUGGUAGUGGCCCUCUGCCAGCACCUGACGCAGUUUGAUGCAAGCCCCUUCGCAGUCCCUUGGGUGAUGGUGUUUCCUUACAGUUACUGGUCUUCACUCCUGUGAAAGUAUUGGACACCUAAGACAUCACUAAAAGGGGGGCUAGACUACUUGAUGCACGUGUUCAUUCAGUGACGAAUAUUAGAUGUCUAGAGCCCCUGUUAGAUUCCAAGCACUAUAGUUAGUGCUGGAGGUAUAGGUAACGAAACCAGUAACGUGGUCUGUGAUCUCAGGGAAUUUAGUCUAGGAGAAAGCCGUUAGGCGGCUUUAGAUCCACCAGCAAGAUCUGGGGAGUCGGAGAGGGUGCCACGCUACGUGUCAUGUAAUCACACCUUGGGACAGAUGGACCUUGUCUCUUCUCCACAGCAUUGUGUCUCUAAGGGCACCAAUGAUUGAUUGUGUUUUCAAACUAACUGUCUAUAUAAGAAGAUUUAUUUUUUUCCCCUUAUGUUUGAGAUUUUAAAGUUUUGGGGUUUUUUUCUUUAGCUUUUAGAAAUUGUUAGGCUGUGAAAUGACUCUCAUUUGCCCAAAUGGGAUCCCUUCUCAUCUUAAAGAUCCUAUUAAUGAAUGGGAAAUGGAAGUUCUCCCCGAAGAGGACGUUCAGUAGCCACCAGGAUCUUUACUGUGUGGAAUUUGAUAAACUAACUCUGAAAUUUCUAUGGCAGGAUAAUAGUCAAGUUAGGGAAGGACGAGGAUGGAGAAUUUUGGAUGGAUAUUUGGACUGAGUUUGAAGAGAUGUAAUUAAAGCCAUCUGGUUUUGGUGCAGGAAGAGAUGGAGCUCAAUGGAAAAGAUUAGAGUCCCCGGAAGGUCACAUGGGUAGUGGGAGCCUUGUAUGUAAUAGGGCAGUAUUACAGACCGAGAGGAAAAUUAGCAUUGUCAGUCUGUAGCGUUGGGGUAAAGUUCAGUUCUUAACCUCAUAUCCUCAUAAUAAAUUCCAACUGGAUUAAAGACCUCAAUGUGAGAAAAAAAAUUAUAACUGUUAGAAUACCACCUUAGGAUAAGGAAUUAAUAAGCAUGACAUAAAAAUAGGAAAUUAUAAAACAGGUCAAUCUGAUUGCAUCAAAAUGUGCAACUUCAGUGUGAUAAAAUGAUAGCUAACAUUUAGUUAACCCUUCAACAACAUCCUUUGAGAUGCAGUUACUAUUAUUUUGUCAGUUUUACAGAUAAGGAAACUGAGGCACAGAGUAGUUCAGUGACUUGCCCAGAGUCGCACAGGUAGUGAGUGGAUGGAUGGGGCUGUGAACCUAGGCACUCUGAUCCUGGGCCUGUGCUGCUUUGCAUAAAGUUAAAAGACCCACCAUAGAGUGGAAGGAGUUGCUUUUUUCAUCCAUUCAGCAGAUGCUUACUGAGCGCCAGCUAUGUGCUAGCCACUGUUCUAAGGCCAUGGCAGUGAGCAAGACAAAUCUCUGCUCUCCCGGAGCUUAUAUAACUGCAGAAAACAGGACUGGCAGUGGUCAUAAAGAACCACAAAUUCCUAAGGAACAGAUAACCUCACGGGUUCUCUCUGGGAUGCAGCCUGACAGGGAGAAAAGGUAGAGAAACGUGGGGAAAACCGAGCAGUCAGUGCUUUUCUCUCUCUAGGACUUAUAUACAUCUAAAGAGUGUUUCCAGCUCCUUAGCUACGGGAGUUUCCAAGAAGCAUGUGGCAGCGGUGUUGCUGUUAUUCUCUUUCUCACCCUUCCCU